AUAAAGUCAGAAAGUAAAUAGUCGGCGCCAGGAGCUUGAUUGAAUGCUGACGAAGCACGUGCCUCGGGAAAUUGGCUGCUUCUGCCCACACAGACGCUAAAGAAAAACACACUUUCAUCUGCACUUCUGCAUACAAUCCUGUUUUUUUUUUUUUUUUUUUUUAAAUCAAUCUUGGAGGAUAUUUCUGACGUCCUUUCCAUCGACGUAAUCGCGCUCGCGCACCUGCUUUGUAAAAUUUCCAUUUUUUUAAAUAACGUGGCCUGUCGCGUGAUCUCCACCGAACGACAGAACGUGUUCAUCUUGUACAAAAGCUGUCAGGAUGACCCAAGAUCAGCUCCUCACGGGUUUGAAGAAGGAUGUCCGCUCUCUUCUGGUCUCUGCUAAGCAUGGUUUGACCCCUGAGCAGCUCAAGAAAGACUACUACACCAUGCUGGGCUUCCCCAUGCCCCUCAGGUUACUGGGAUUCAGAAAUGUUUUGGACAUGGUGAAGGAAAUGCCGGAUGUGGUACACUUGGAAUACCACCUCGAUGGUAGCAUUAUUCUGAAAGCCGUUAUAGAUGAGAGCACCAAAGGCAUUCGAGAGCUGGUGGCUAAGCAACGUGACCCAAAAACCAAAGCGAACUUUCGGAGGGGAACACCAGGAACCUUCCACAUCUCUUACCCACGGAACCAGCCCGUUCUUCUCCCUCGCCGUGGCCAAUCAAAACCUGCUCUACCCGCUCAACUGCGCAGCCAGCUAAAACAGUUACUAUCUCAUGGGCCGGUCAGAUUAUCAGAGCUGGAGUCCAGGUAUAUGGCGCAGUUCGGAAAGCCGCUCAACAUCACGCAAUAUGGCUUCUUCUCCAUUUCCGAGAUGCUUUCGGCUGCCAUGGAUUUCAUAAUCAUGCAGCAGAGUCGCACAGGCUCACAACUUCUGCUGAGGAAUGCCAUAAUGCCACAAAAUCAGAUCAAACAUCUGAUGACGAAUCUUUCUAAGCCAAGUAUAAGUUGAUAUCAUGCUCUUGUUCCGUUCAGUGCUAAAGCAACUUCUCCGCCUGAGAGGAACAAGCUAGAUUCGCACGCCCCCCCUGCUGUUACCAAACCGGAGCCUGUAAAGGCAGAGCACUCUUUUGAAGAAACAAUUUUGAAGCUUGAGGAGGAGCUCAGACAGCAGAUCCUCGAGAAGGGCACCGCUGGCACCGUCAGCCACGAGCUGAAAGAUAAGCUACGGAAGGUUGUAGCUGAAAAUGGCAGUGGGGUAUCCAUUCACAAUCUUCCAAAAGAAUACAAGCGAAUGUAUGGUGAGGAGUUGCCGGUGAGCCAGUAUGGCUUUCUGAGCGUGACGGAAAUGGUUGGAGCUUUGAGUGACACAUUGUCCAUUCAAAAAGGUGCUGAUGAAAGUCAAUGGAUGGUUGUGGAGUUCAAACCAAAUGACAUACAACCCACUGAACCUGAAUUAUCCCCGGGUCACGGCACCAGCUCCAGUUUAAUGACUGAAUCCCAGAAUCCCUCCAGCAAAGCCUAUUACUUCAGCUGUGCAGAGUCUGCAUGGGAGCGCAGAGAGGUGGAGCAAUACACAGACACCCAAGAGUCCGAGACUGAGCUCAGAAUCGCUGAUAAAACCAUCCAUCAGAUGGCGAAUCUUUUCCCAGAGCUGGUGGUGAGUCGAGUUUCAGCGGUUCCUCCAGACGCAGUGCACUGCCAGAAGCUGAAGCCCCCGGCUCGCAGGAGGGAGAGAGAGCUGGUGGCUGUCCUGGUGGAGCAGAUGGAGUCUCCUAGCCACUUCUACAUCCGCUUUAGCCAGAACAAGGAGGCCAGAGCCCUUGAGAACAUGAUGAUUGAAAUGAGGAGCUGUUACUCCUACCCAGAAGUGACGGAGAGAUACCGGAUGCCUGAUGCAUAUGUGCGGCUGGGUCAGGUGUGCUGUGUGGCCCCCAGAGACAUGUGGUUCUACCGGGUGGUGAUCCACGAGCUCUUCAGUGAUACUGAAGUAAAGGUGUACUAUGUUGACUUCGGGGAUAUCACAAAAGUGGAACGAAACAGCCUCCGGUUUCUCAAAGCUUGUUAUGCUGAUCUUCCGGCUCAGGCUGUCCCUGCAAUGUUAGCUGGGGUUCGGCCCAUCACGAGCAUUUGGACUCAGAGUGCAAUCAGCACUUUCCAGAAGAUGUGCUGUGAGCGCACGCUGGUGGCCGCCAUCCACAGCUACCAGGAGGACUUCCUGUUGCUCUACCUGUGUGACACAAACACGGAGGAGGAUGUUUACAUUCACCACGCCCUACAGAAAGAGGGCCACGCCCUUCCCUCCGUUACCACUUAUGGAUUGGUGUCAGGGAAGUUCAACCCUGUGACGUCUUAUUUUGGAGAUGAUCAGCUUGAGGAAGUAAAAGAGUUUCUCUCACCACCCCCGUCUUUUCCAGAAACCCAGAUCUGCUUUCAGGGAAAUGGCUGUCUGAGCUCCUCUCAAACGGUGUCCAGCUCUGAAAAUGGAGAAAAUAACUUUUCCUCCAUAAAUGAGGACUCAACCUUCGACAUGCCUGCCCUCGAGUUAAUAAAUGUUCCUGAUGUCAACACUGUGGCUAAAAGUGGCAAAGUAAAUCCAUCCGAGGCUCCGCAGGCUGAAGAAUCAUUAUGCUGCAGUGAAUGGGAUCAGGGAUGGACAGAAGAGGACGAAACGGAUAAGACGAAACUAGAACCUGAUGUCAAUACUGAAGACAAAUCGAAACCUGAGACUGUGCCUGCUCCUCUACCUGUCCAAGCAGCAGUAUGUGAACCGCAGAUGUGUGCAUCUCCAAUUGAACCCAAGCCCAUCUCAACCGCAUGCACCAGCCCUCACACCCCUGACCCCAUCAGGAUCAACUCCAGCUACCCAGUUUUUCCAGGUGUACCCGUUAAUCUGGCCCAGCCCCAGCUCUCCCAAUUUAUGAUGCAGUUAUUCGGCAGUUCAGUUCAUCUGGGACCAGUUCCAAACCAUCUGUUCCAGCACCACACAUCUCCGCUAGCUCUGAGACCAGCUGCGCGCCUGUCCGCCGGGGCCAACUUCCUACACUGGCGCUCCAAAUACAUAGCUUGACCGACCACAAGUGGUGCCUUUUGUACUUUUGUCAUGUUUAAUAACUUUUAUUUUUUCGUUUCUUUGGCUGCAACAUCCCAGAAAUAUAUCAAAUGAUAUAUAAGAAAAGCAGCGGAGGGCACGUAAAAAGUGGAUACAUUUCUUAUUCUUUUUAGCGCAAUAUCUCUCCAGUAGCAUGCUAUUCUUUAUUUUUAUGUAUUUGCAUGUACAGUGCUGAAGUUUUGUGUUUUCUCUAUGGACCAAACUGGACAUUUGUUAUUAAGUUGCUUGUUCGAUGUUCGAUUUA